AUGGCUUCUGUUCAACAAAUUUUUCUUCUCUUCCUACCUUUCUUGUUUAUUUCUUCCUUCCUUUCCAGGUCCUACGCUGCCGGAAUCGCCACCUACUGGGGCCAACACGGCGAGGAAGGCUCCCUUGCCGACGCCUGUAACACCGGAAACUAUCAAUUCAUCAACAUAGCUUUCUUGUCCACCUUUGGCGGUGGCCGAACCCCCAAACUUAACCUUGGCAGCCACUGCGAUCCGGAUGCCAACACCUGCACCGUUUUUAGCUCCCAAAUCAAAGCUUGCCAAGCCAAAGGCAUCAAAGUGCUUCUCUCCCUCGGCGGUGACUCACCAAACUACUCUCUCAACUCCGCCGAUGAGGCCAACCAGCUUGCUAACUAUCUCUGGACCAACUUCCUCGGAGGAAGUUCCGGCUCGCGGCCCCUAGGCGACGCUGUUUUGGACGGCAUCGACUUCGACAUAGAGGCCGGAGGUAAUGGACAACAGUACUGGGGCGAUCUAGCCAGAACUCUGAAGGGUUUGAGCCAGCAAUUGAUUCUCUCCGCCGCCCCGCAAUGUCAUUUCCCAGACAGCCACCUGAGUGAUGCGAUCGACACUGGCUUGUUCAACUACGUCUGGGUUCAGUUCUACAACAACCGUGAUUGCCAAUACAAUAAUGGAGACACUAGCGGUCUUUUGAAUGCAUGGAAACAAUGGACGGCGGUGAAAGCCGAGAAGGUGUUCUUGGGCGUUCCGGCGACGGAGGCGGCCGCCCAAAGUGGGGGGUUUAUUCCAACUAAUGUGAUGAUUUCUCAGGUUCUUCCGGCAAUCAAGACGGCUACGAAGUACGGCGGAGUCAUGAUCUGGGACAGGUCGUUUGAUCUCAAAAGUGGAUAUAGUGUCGCCAUUAAGGGUUCAAUAAAUUAAGAAAGUAUUUUGCUUUGGUAUGAGUGGCGUGGCAGAUUUGUAGUGCUUGUUCAUACGUAUUAUUGGACCAUGAUGAGGGGAAUAAAAACGUAAUCAGGUGAGUUUUAAAUAAAUAAUUAUAGAGUUUCAAUUUCAACUUUCUUCUCAGUCUGAUUAUUAACGCGUCGUUACUUGGUUACAAGUUAGGGGUGAUGUAAUAAUUAAAU